CACUGUUCUGGCCCCAUGUGCCUCCUCUUCCUCUUGCAGUCCCAUCCUCGUCCUUGCUGGUGCUCCACACGUAUAUCCAACGGUGACGGCGACCGACGGGCUGUGGGCCUACCAGAGGGCGCGGCAGGCGACAGCGCAAGGCCGCUCGCAGCAGGGCGCGUGGUCGAUGCUCACGACAAUGGUGGGCGUGAGCAUGGCACAGGCAGCGGCCAGGUGCAUGCGAGUGGUAGCCGGCGAGGACAUGUUGAUGUUCAUCCGGGCCACACGAUCCAAGGCAUGGAGAACUCCAAGGAGUUUGCUGACAAGCUGUUCGGGAUAUGUCGAGGCAGAGGAACAUUGAGCCAGAUGAAGGCAUUAACAAGGAUCAGCUCAGAGAGGUGGAACAUGAACAUUGAUGGGAUGCUCACAGAAGAUGAGGUCAAGAAGGUGGCUACGCAAAUGAUCACAAAGAGAAGACUACCGCUGGGCCUUUUGAUCGACCACGCGAUUCAAAAAGCUCUUUAGUGCAGUUUGCAACAAAAAAAACCAGAGGAUUGGUCGUUUGUAAGGGUGGAUAUCUCAGAGGCGGCAGCCACCCGGAUUGGAAUUUAAUUUCAAUCUAUUUCCCUGUCUGAAGUUUCAUACUAGAUGGUAUGUUCCUAUGAUGUGAUUUGUUUAUGGAGAUGGAGAGAUGUGUAGGCACUUGUUAGUUUAG